GCCGGCAGGCCCGCGCUGCCCCGCCCCUGGCGGUAGCACUCGCCCCGCCCCACCAUCCGGACCUUGACGUCAAGGGGGCCGCUACGGAGAGUGGAACGCGGAGUCCGCGUUUCCUUGGAAACGGUGAUGGGGACGGAGACGUCUUUGUGUGCUCUGACAUCAUUACGCUACCGUCCGUGAGUUCCCGGAGCCUGGAGGAGGGGCUCGGCCAAUCCGAGGGGAGAGUGACGGAAGUGAUAUUUAUCGAGUGCUGUCUGUAUACUAUUUCCUUUGGCCUUACAAGACUGCGCAUUUUGUAGAUAAGGAAACUGAGUCAUAUUUGCCGAACUCCUUGGGGUCACAAUACGUUGAAGUGGCUUCGAGCCAACUCGCUUGGACUACCCUAGGCCGCAGCCUCAGGCCCCAAAUUCCGCUCUCUUUCCGAGCCAGACCUUGGCCCCUUCCUUCCACCGGAGUCUUGACGAACGGCCCAAAAGCCGGACAGCUGCUCGGAGAGAUAAGAAAAAGCAAGCCAGCAUUCAGUCGACUCAACGGGAAUCUGCACGCACGUUCCUGAAGACGUGCUCGUGCGCACGCUAGGGCUGUACAUGGGCGGGGCCUCGAUCUCUGGUCCCGCCCAGCAACAGUGCAUUUCCUCUUCCGACGAAAGGCGGGGCCUCGGCGCCCGCGGAAAACCCAGACGAGCGGUGCUGGGCUAAGUGCAGGUACGGGAAUGGCGGGCUUGAGGAGCCUGGUCCUGCGGCCCUGGAUUCGAGAGCUGAUCCUGGGAUCAGAGACACUCUCAAGUCCGCGGGCGGGGCAACUGCUCCAGGUACUGCAGGAUGCUGAGGUCCCGGGUCCGUCCCGCGUCCCUGACACUUCUGAUGUCGGGGCUGCACUGCUUGUUUCCGACGGGGCUCACAGUGUCCGAUGCCUGGUGACACAAGAGGCCCUGAACGCCUCGGACUGGGAAGAGAAAGAGUUCGGCUUCCGAGGGGCGGAAGGUCGGCUGCUGCUGCUACGGGACUGUGGGGUCCGAAUCCAAGUCGCCGAGGGCGGCCCGCCUGCAGAGUUCUACCUCCAGGUGAACCGUUUCAGCCUGCUGCCCGCGGAGCAGCCCCGGGAUUGGGUGACCAGUUGCAACCAGGACCCGGAUGUGCAGAAAAAGCUCAAUGAUUGCCUGGAGGAGCAUCUUUCAGAGUCCACUUCCUCCAAUGCAGCUUCAGCCCAUCCCCUGCUCCCAGGCCUUUCACUGUCCCAACUUCUGGAUGAAGUGCAAGAGGAACAGGAGCAUCAGGGGGCACUAGUGCGUCUGGCCGAGAGCUGUCUCAUGCUGUCAGGCCCUUGUACAGCACCCCCGCUCACCCGCUGGGCCACCUCACGCCUCAGGGCCAUGAGAGAAGCUGUGUACACUGUCCCCAGCCUAUGGUUGCACAUCUCUGAGAAUGACCAGCGAAUUCUGAACUCUUUGGGCCCAGGGCAGAGGACACAGGGCCCUGAAUUGCCCCCACCAGACCCAGCUCUUCAGGAACUGUCGCUGACCCUGUUAUCUCCUUCCUCACUCAGUUCCUCAGGAACCCCUGUCUUACCCAGCCACAUGUCAUCAGAGGAAAGUGGCGCCAGUGUCAGCCUUCUGCCUGCCCUGUCCUUGGCUGCUUCAGACCCAGUGCAGAAGGGCGGCUCCCAGCCCCUACCGGCCAUCUACUCAACCCCUGGACCCUUACCCCCUAGUUUGGUACACUCCAGCCGUGUACCCAUCUCUCCACUUCUGAGCUGCACCCCAAGUCUAUCACCUCUUGGUCACAUCCCCAGUCCACACCAGGCCCAUGUGACCAAUCCUCAGAAAUUUAGCCUGGAGUUCAAGGAACUAGGGUUGCCCCCCAAGAACUGGCAGCAUUCUCCAAGGAUAAGAACCACUGAGGGAGUCCUGGAGUCCAGUCCUAUCUGGGAUCCCCCAAAGAGGCAUCGUGAUGGUUCCACCUUCCAAUAUGAGUAUGAGCCACCCUGCACGUCCCUCUGUGCCCAGGUCCAGUCCGCCAGGCUCCCUCCCCAGCUCCUGGCCUGGGCCUUGCACUUUCUGAUGGAGCCACAGCCGGAAUCUGAGCAAACCCAGGUGUGAGGGGUCAUGUGACCACGUGGGAGGAUGUGUGCAUACACAGGUCCAUGCCUGUGGCCGGACAAAUGGUGCUUCACAGUCUACUUCAAGUUUUUUAAUAAAAUAAUCUCAUGCGGCA